AUGGUCGCUUCAAACGGAACUGAGAAUGGCGCCGCGCCAGCCCGAGGAGUCGCUGAUAUCCCAGGCCCAUUGGGCAUUGAAUCCGCCAGCUUGAAAGGCAAAGUCGCUCUCGUCACAGGAUCAGGCCGUGGUAUCGGUCGCGAAAUGGCCCUCGAGCUCGGACGUCGCGGCGCAAAAGUCGUCGUCAACUAUGCCAACAGCUCCCAAGCCGCCGAAGAAGUCGUCGCCGCGAUCAAGAAAUCCGGCUCCGAAGCCGUGGCCUUCAAGGCCAACGUCUCGGUCGUCUCGGACAUUGUCAGCCUCUUCGACCAGGCCGUCGCGCAUUUCGGCGAGCUCAACAUCGUCUGCUCGAACUCGGGCGUCGUGAGCUUCGGCCACAUCGGCGAUGUCGAGGAGGAGGAGUACGAUCGUGUUAUGAAUAUCAAUACCCGUGGACAGUUUUUCGUUGCGAGGGAGGCGUAUCGUCAUUUGACUGUUGGCGGACGACUCAUUUUGAUGGGCAGUAUUACCGGACAGGCAAAGGGUGUGCCAAAGCAUACGCUUUACUCUGGGUCGAAGGGUGCUAUUGAGACGUUCGUCAGGUGUAUGGCUAUUGAUAUGGGUGACAAGAAAAUCACAGUCAACUGCGUCGCUCCAGGUGGUAUCAAGACGGACAUGUACCAGAAAGUCUGCAGAGAGUAUAUUCCUAACGGAGAGAACCUUUCUGAUGAUCAGGUCGAUGAGUACGCAGCGACCUGGUCCCCCCUCCACCGCGUCGGUCUCCCCAUCGACAUCGCCCGCGUCGUCUGCUUCCUCGCCAGCCAGGACGGCGAGUGGAUCAACGGAAAGGUUUUGGGUAUUGAUGGUGCUGCUUGCAUGUAA